UGCUUCCGAAUCUGAGGUUCGGAAUCUCCGAAGCAAGCAGGCUCGGGAAGACUUUCUCUGCCUUUAUAAGCGGUUCCUCAUUUCGUAUCCUCCUCAGGUGCUAAUUUCUUGUUCAUUUUGGAGAUCGGUUUGUUGCAGAGAUAUUUUUGAAAAGGUCUUAUUGAAACGCAAGGAGACGAGGUGAUUAAGAAGUGGCGAUGGCUGUAGUUUCAGGAAGAACAUCAACACUGAACCCAGAUGCCCCUAUCUUCGUCCCAGCAGCUUUUCGGCAAGUAGAGGAUUUCUCCCAAGAGUGGUGGGAAUUGGUAAAGACCUCUACAUGGUUCCGUGACUACUGGCUAUCCCAGCAUCAGGAAGAGGAGAGCUUCAUCAGCAACUCCAUUGAUGAAGACGACGACAUAGCAAAUUUGCUGCCAGACUCAUUCGAUCUUGGCAUUGAUGAGGAACCCACUCUGGAGUUCCAAAUGCAGGAGUUUGUGGGGUUCAUGGAAGAUCCAAAUGAAUCAUUUGUCAAAGGGAGCCCACGGAAUGGCUUGACGAAUGACGCUCAUGAAGCACUGAUGAAGAACCUGGACUUGUUGAAAUCACCGAAGGAAAGAGGAGUGAAGUAUGUGGUGGAGCCUGCAAAGUAUAGGGAGAAGGCACCCCAGUGCUUAAGCCCAAAGUGCAGCCCUCGCCGCAUCCAGCAGCCUCGUUAAAAGGUACCUAACCUACUUUAAUGGAGGAUUAGCAAGAUUUGGAUUUGGAACUCUGGUAAAAUGAUGUUAGGAAGUUGAAUAGUGUCUCUUUUUCUUCUGUAUAGAUCAGGGCUGGUUUAGUUGUAAUUCUGUCUAGUUUUCUUUGUCAAAUCAUCAUGUUCUUGUACUAGCACACAUACCCCAAAAAAAUGUAGAAAAAAUGCAAAUUGGAAAAAAAGGUAGGCUUUUAGUGUUUAA